AUCAUCGUCCGAGUUCCAUAUCUCAGGCUACUCUAGACUGCACAUUGAAUGUUGACAGACGUCUCUGACACACUCACUAAUCUUGCGCUUCCCAAGACAUCCGCAACCCUUACCAUUCGUGUCAUCAAAUCGUUCGAGUACCGAACGGAACGCAGUCUCGUUCUUCAUAAUGUAAAUCUUAAAGAAGUGACAGUCGGAGAGCUCAAAAACAUCGUUCGGGAAACCAUCAAGGCCAGUCCUGCAUGGAAGCCUUAUCGAACGGCCCACUUCGAUACGUUGAAGCUGUACACUAAGGCCCAUGGAGCGAAGACGACCAAUCUCAUCAUUAAUCUUGAUCACGAUGAAUGGGUCUUAGAUGACGAUUCAAAGUCUCUCUCCGACUACGGAUUUGAGAAUGAGACGGAAGUCAGUUUCUUUGAUCGGGGUUUAUUUGAAAAAUUUAAACUGAACCCAGAGACUCGCUGGGAGUGAUGGAUUUUUGUGGACUUCAUG